AUCACCCAUGGCCAUCAGCAGCCAGCAGGUUCUUAAUGAAGUAUGAAAGGACUUGAUGUCAUUCCGCGUCAUCUUGGUGGGGGGAUGAUGCUCCAUCUUAUAAAGUUCUUCCAGCUUGACUCUGAUUGUUUUACGUGCCCGUGAGUCACAGCCACGCCCAUAUACAACACAAUAUUACACCUAACCAACUAUUUUCGCGCGGUUUGUUAGACUGCGGUUCUGGCGGAGAAGGAACUUUUUCUUGUCAGCUGUUCUCUCGGGUUCCUGUGGACUGAGAGGCAGCGCGGGAGCCAUGAAGCAGGAGGUCAGGACCGCUCCGGGGUCAGCUCGUCCCUGGCUCCACUCUGAGGCGAACCUCUCUGCUCAGAGAGGUGUUGGUCUUGCCCGGGUGUAUUUUGAGAAGCAGCCACCUGCCAACCUGCGCAAGUCAAACUUCUUUCACUUUGUGCUGGCUUUAUAUGAUAGUCAGGGUCAGUCUGUGGAGAUAGAGCGCACUGCGUUUGUGGACUUUGUUGAAAAGGAGAAGGAGCCAGUAAGUGAAAAAACAAACAAUGGAAUCCAUUACAAACUCCAGUUACUGUACAAUAAUGGAGUCAGAACAGAGCAAGAUCUAUACAUCCGUUUGAUAGACUCUGUGACCAAACAGGCAAUUGUGUUCGAAGGUCAAGAUAAAAACCCUGAAAUGUGUCGUGUUCUUCUCACUCAUGAGAUAAUGUGCAGCCGUUGUUGUGAUAAGAAAAGUUGUGGAAACAGGAAUGAAACACCAUCAGACCCCAUCAUUAUUGAUCGGUUCUUCCUGAAAUUUUUUCUUAAAUGUAAUCAAAAUUGCCUGAAAAAUGCAGGGAACCCACGAGACACUCGUCGUUUCCAGGUGCUGGUCUCUACCACAGUCUUUGUAAAGGGCCACAUUCUAGCCAUUUCGGAUAAUAUAUUUGUGCAUAACAAUUCAAAGCAUGGCAGAAGACCAAGAAGAUUCGAGAUGAUUGAUGCUGAGAUCCCCUGCAUCAAAGCCAUCAGUCCGAGUGAAGGUUGGACAUCAGGUGGAGCCUCAGUGAUUGUUAUUGGAGAUCGGUUCUUUGAUGGUCUACAAGUGGUUUUUGGGACAGUGGUGGUCUGGAGUGAGGUGAUUACACCGAAUGCGAUUCGUGUGCAGACUCCACCUCGCCACAUUCCUGGGGUUGUAGAAGUUACACUGUUUUACAAAUCCAAGCAGUUCUGUAGGGGACCUCCAGGACGCUUUAUUUACACUGCUUUAAAUGAGCCAACCAUUGACUAUGGGUUCCAGCGGCUGCAGAAAGUGCUUCCUCAUCAUCCAGGUGAUGUGGAAAGACUACCAAAAGAAGUCUUACUGAAGAGGGCAGCUGAUCUCUUAGAGAUGUUUUAUGGAAUGCCUCACAACAACCAGGAAAUGUUUCUGAAGCGUGCGUCUGAUAUAGCAGAGGUACUCCACGCCAUCCCGCGAAACCCAUCCCACACAAAUUCACCCGGAAUGAUGGGUGUUAACUCCUUUGACGCACAGUUACCCGUAACCACAGAAAUUUCACCAGAUGUAGAACGAGUGUCUCUUUCAGUGGGUUUCAGUCGGAGUUCAAACAGUGGCUUUAUUGCAGGCAGCGCAUCACAGCAGUCUGAAUUCAACAAUACCAAUACAUGCAUGAACACACACACACAUUCACACUCUCACUCUAACAUCCCAAGACACACACAGUCAAACACACACUCGUCAAUAGCUGGGAACACACAAACACACGCACGCACUUCUGUGUCAAACUUCUCUGUGGCCACACAGCCAUUCGUAGACGGUCCCACAGCGGACACUCAACAAUACAUCGUGAAACAAAAAAGUGCAUUUGCUCCAGUUCUGAAGCUGUAGUCCUCAACAGCACAAGCUUCAGGUGUCCCCAUCUGCACGCCUUACAUGGACUAAUGACACCAGCCACACUCUCACAUGGACAUCUUUGUAGUUAGGGAAUAGCAAUGUCUGUCUUGCAUUUUGAAGAUUCUCUCAGUACAGGCAAUACAAAAACAAUAAAAAGUAUGUUAUCAUAUCAUAUUUGUUUGGUGAUAAAGCAACUUUUUUGUUAAAUGUCUAAAAUAUGCACCUCUCUGUUAUUAGUGCAUUUAUGGUUAAAUAUAAAUAUUAAAUAACUAUGUGUGUCAUCUUUUCUGAGUUCUGAUUGGCUACUCCAUGCAUUUACUCUAUUUUUCUAACAAGGAUUUACUUUAGCCCAGGUUAUACACGGACUGUAUCUUCAUGUCUCAUUAAAUUAUGUGGAGAAUUGCUCUUAUGGCAGGGGAGGCAGCUCUAUUUGUGUGUUAUAAGAUACUUCACUGAAUUCUCAUAUUAGCUCUCUUUCAAACGAUCAAGUUUUACUACAAGGAGGCAUCAAAAAUAAAACCAAAUGCUGAACAUGAAGUGUGUCUCUAAAUCUGAGCGCAUGAGUGAGUCCUCCCUGUGUAUGAGAGAGGAGGCUGCGCAGUCACCUAUACACAGAAAACCCCUUCCCAACAGUGCCAAUGUGUGAUUUUUCUUUUGUUCAGAGUUGUAUUUAUGAAAUAGAGUACAAAAUUAGGAGCUAUUCUCUUAAUGAAUGUGUGAAUUAAUGUAUUAAUAAAGUAUAUUACAAUUUUUCUGCUAUCAAGAUUUGCUCGACCUAAAUCAGUCAACAUGAAAUAUGUUAUAAUAAUACGCCGCUUGCAGAAGGGCAGCGUGGGAGCGAAAUUGUCCAAU